AUGGUGCAGCUAGGAACCUGCUAUACGCUUCACGAUAACGGUGUUUCAUACAGAGGUAAUGCCGCUGUAACUAAUUCCGGUCACAGUUGCGUCCCUUGGAACCGUCAUCUCCAUACGUUUACGUCGGAUCGUUUCAGGUAUGACGGCCUGGACUCGAACUACUGUAGGAAUCCUCUAGGGAAACGUGACUCUCCCUGGUGCUACAUAUCUCCAACAGGAAGUGAAGAAGACAGUUGGGAAUAUUGUGAAGUAGAAAUGUGUGAUAAAUGUUUAUUUCGAGGAGUUCAGCUUAAAACUGGAGACCGAUUCCAUGAUGGUUGUUCUAUGUGCAUAUGUCAAGCUACUGGAAUAAAAUGCUUAGAGUGUGAUGCAGGUCCUCAAUUUACUAACGAGAUGGGAUGUUACGUUAAAUACAAUCACGCCGAGCAUUUCCCUGUUUGUUGCCCCAGAAUUGUUUGCCAUGGAAAGGAUUCAGAUUUUGACUUGACAGAGUAUUUUAACUAUCUGAAACUGGUGUUACGAACCCAUGUCGCCUCUUAUGUGCCAAAUACCAACCAAACACCCAGAGCAGAAAGCCGGACUUUAAAUAACAUUCAUGUCUUGCCUUAAAAUUUUGUAAAGAUACUGAUAAAGUGCUUAGUAUUUGUUUCAAAUUGAAAAAAAAACUACAGAAUCAAAUAAUUGCAAUAUCAUAGUAAAAAAUUUAACAAUAAAUGAAUUAAUGUGCUUCUUUUUCUGAAUCGUGCCAUUUUCACUAUGUAUUGAAUAGAGUAAGAAAUAUAUACACGGAAAUGUUAUAUAAAUUAUUUAUUGUAUGCUUGUAAUGUCUGGAAAAAAAUGUCAAAGUCUUAAGUGCAUGUAAAGACUGUUGAAAUGAAUUACAAUUUUUCAGACAAAUA